AUGUCUUGGCUUUUAUGUGUUUUGUUUUUUUAUAAAUCAUCUUUUAUACUUAGUCAAUCUGUACCUUUAUUACUUCUUGUUUCAUUUGAUGGUUUUCGUUUUGAUUAUCCACGAUUAUAUGGACCAUUGCGAUAUUUUUCUCGAUUAGAAGAUCAGGGUGUACACGCUCACAGCAUGAUACCAACCUUUACAACUGCAACAUUUCCUAAUCAUUAUACGUUAAUUACAGGUCUGUAUGAAGAAGUUCAUGGAUUAGUUUCGAAUGAAAUAUAUGAUUCAAAAACAAAAAGUGUUUUUCAAUCAUGGACAAAUAUGACAGAUCAAUGGUGGCCAUUAAAAUCAAUUUGGACAAUAAAUGAAGAAAGAUAUGAUGGUCGAUCUGGUGUUAUUGGAUGGCCACAACAUUCGAUCUCGAUAUCAAAAUAUGAACCGUAUCGUAAAGAACGUUCAUUUAAAGAAAUAAUUGAUCGAAUGCUCAAAUGGUUUAAUGAUCCUAUUAAACCAAUUAAUUUUGGUGCAAUUUAUUUUCCGGAACCAGAAUUAACUGGUUAUCAGACUGGACCUUAUUCAGAUAAAAUGAAAGAAAUAAUAAAAACAUGUGAUGAACAUUUAGGUUAUCUUUUAAAUGAAAUAGAUAAAAAUGUUAAUUUAAAAAAUAAUCUUCAUCUAAUUAUUACAUCUGAUCAUGGAAUGGAAGAAAUUAAUGCUACAGAUAAACCAAUCUAUCUUGAAGAUUAUGUUGAUAUGACAAAAUUAAAAGCAUUUGGAACAGAAACUGUUAUAAAUAUUUUUCUUAAUUCAAUGAAUGAUAUUGAUGAUAUUUUUAAAAAUCUAAGUCAAAUUCCACAUACACAAAUAUAUAAACAACAAGAUAUACCUAUUCGAUAUCAUUAUAAAAAUAAUUUACGUAUUGGUGAUUUAAUUAUAAUUGUUGAUCCUGGUUAUGAACUUCAUCGACGUUCUUUUCAUGGUGGUAUCAGAGCUAAUUUGAGUACAAUACAUGGAAAUCAUGGAUAUGAUAAUCAAAUGGAUUCAAUGAAAACAAUAUUCUAUGCAAGUGGACCACAAUUAAAACAAAAUUUUACAUUAUCUAAUACAUCAACACUGUAUAAUGUUGAUAUAUUUGCAUUAAUGUGUUUAAUACUUAAUAUAACAAAAUGUCCACCAUCAAAUGGUUCUUUAGCUAAUAUUCAACCUUUUUUAAUUGAUCCAACUAGAGUACUUAGUAUUAUUGAAAAGGAAACAGGAAAACUACAAGAUGGCUCAAUAAGUUUAGUUAUUUAUUUGCUUGGUUAG